UAUCUGGAUGAUCUACUCCCAGUCUCAAGGUCAGAUUUUUGUACCCUCUCAAGUCCCAAUAUACCGAAUUUCGACCUUCUCUCUGCAUCUUUCCAAACCGGAAAGCUCGAAAACGUUUGAAAUCCGCCGUUUGGAUGUGUUUGAUCAAUCAGUUUAACGAAGGUUUGAGUGCAUUUCGGUGUAAGCUACUAAGCUUGUUUAGGAUUUCUAUAUUCUGCAUUUCCGUUGGCUUUAUUUUUAUUUGAUUCUGCUCGUAACUGGAUUUGGAAUAUGUGAAUUAGUUUGUUUUGAAGAAAUAAGGAGUUUCUGAUUAAGAACUAAGCUUCAACAUCGUUUCUUCCAUGAAUUCUCUCGUUCUUAUUGGUUCCGUCAAAUAGUUUUUGGGUUUGUCAUCUCUUGGUAGGUCGGUCUGAUUUUUUAUUCAUUAAAGGUUGAAGCCUUUUCUCCUGGGGGAGGCCAGGAGAGUUAAUAAAGCCUAGUUUGCAGCCCAGAACUGUCACCUAGCUGCUGAUCAAAUACGCUCUUGGUGAAGUUAAUUGUUACGGCAUCUAUUCGUCCCUUUGAUUUUGCCAUGAAGAGAUUUAACUGGGUUCAUCUUAUUUUCAUUUCCUUCUGCCUCUUGUUCCUACUCCAUCUGAUAUCUGCGACUGAUCUAUACGUUCCAACGGACAAAAUCCUCCUGAAUUGUGGUGCUGCCUCAGAAACAACAGAUACAGAUGGUCAGAAAUGGAGUGGAGAUGUUGGGUCCAAGUUCUUACCUUCAUCAGACAACACAUUAACCUCUAGAGCUGCCACUCAAGGCCCAUCCGUCCCCGAAGUCCCUUACAUGACAGCAAGGAUAUUCCACUCUGAAUUUACAUACACUUUCCCGGUCACAUCUGGCCGGAAAUUCGUUCGUCUCUACUUCUAUCCAACUUCUUAUAAUGGCCUCAAUGAAUCUAAUGCGCUCUUCUCCGUCACUUCCGGUCCCUAUACUCUUCUCCACAACUUCAGUGCUUCGCAAACUGCCGAGGCUCUAAACUAUGCUGUCAUUCCUAAAGAGUUCUCCUUAAAUGUGGAGAAUCAGAGCUUGAAUUUAACAUUCAAGCCAUCGUCCAAUGCUUCCAAUUCCUAUGCAUUUGUUAAUGGGAUCGAGAUUGUUUCGAUGCCUGAUAUCUACAAUAGUGCAAACGGUGCCUUACUUGUUGGUCACAAUACUCAGUUCCCCUUUGAUAACAGUACUGCCCUUGAGAAUGUUUACCGGCUAAAUGUGGGUGGCAACGACAUUCCACCAUCGGAAGAUACCGGUCUCUUGCGAUAUUGGCGUGAUGAUUUCAUAUACAUCUUUGGAGGAGCUUCUGGUGUGACACAGUUUGGCAUUACAAUUCACUACCCUUCAAAUGUUCCUAACUAUACUGCACCAACGAAUGUUUAUGCCACAGCCAGAACUAUGGGACCAAAUGCAAAUGUCAAUGUGAAUUACAAUCUGACAUGGAUUUUCCAAGUUGACCCAGGAUUUUUCUACCUGGUUAGGCUCCAUUUCUGUGAGAUUCUAGCUGACAUAACCAAGAUCAACCAAAGGGUGUUUCAGAUCUUCAUCAAUAACCAAACUGCCGAGGAUGGCGCAGAUGUGGUUGGUUGGACCAAUGGAAAUGGAAUUCCAAUUUAUAGAGAUUAUGUCGUGCUUGUUCAAAAAGGGAAUGUACAGCAGGAUCUCUGGCUAGCACUGCAUCCUGCUACAGCAUCAAAGCCCAAUUACUACAACGCAAUCUUGAAUGGAAUGGAGAUCUUUAAAUUAAAUGAUUCUACUGGAAACCUUGCUGGACCCAAUCCAAUUCCCCCUGUAAGACAAAAUGUGAUUGACCCAUCUUUGACUAGACCUCCUUCUGGUAAUUCAAAGAACCAGGCUGCAGUCAUUGCUGGAGGAGUUGUAGGUGGUAUUGCUGCUGUUUGUAUUCUCUGCUUAUUGGUGUUUGCUGUAUUCCGAUGGCAGAGGAAAAGGAAGUACUCUGGUGCCAUCGGUGGUACGCCAUCUGGGUGGGUCCCUGUUUCUCAGUAUGGAAAUUCACACUCUGGAGGAGGAUCUACCAAGAAAAGCAAAACUAGUGGAAGCUAUACGUCCUCGCUUCCUUCAAACCUUUGUCGCCACUUUUCCUUUGCAGAGAUCAAGGCUGCCACCAACAACUUUGAUGAAGCACUACUGCUUGGUGUUGGUGGUUUUGGCAAGGUCUACAGGGGUGAAAUUGAUGGUGGGAGGACUAAGGUUGCAAUCAAGCGUGGCAACCCAUUGUCUCAGCAAGGGGUCCGCGAAUUUCAGACAGAGAUUGAGAUGCUCUCAAAGCUCCGCCACCGUCACCUCGUCUCACUGAUUGGCUACUGUGAGGAGGGCUAUGAAAUGAUCCUUGUCUAUGAUUACAUGGCUCAUGGGACUCUCCGUGAGCAUCUCUACAAGACUCAAAAGCCACCCCUCCCUUGGAAGGAGAGGCUUGAGAUCUGCAUCGGAGCUGCCCGUGGCCUUCACUACCUCCACACUGGUAUCAAGCACACCGUCAUCCACCGAGAUGUUAAGACGACAAACAUCCUCCUAGAUGAGAAAUGGGUUGCCAAGGUUUCAGAUUUUGGCUUGUCAAAGACAGGACCAACGUUGGAUCAUACUCAUGUCAGCACUGUUGUGAAGGGUAGCUUUGGAUAUUUGGAUCCAGAAUACUUCAGGAGGCUGCAAUUGACUGAGAAAUCAGAUGUUUACUCAUUUGGGGUUGUGUUGUUUGAGAUCCUCUGUGCUCGUCCAGCGUUGAGUCCAACAUUGCCAAAGGAACAAGUCAGCUUGGCGGAGUGGGCCGUGCAUUGCCAGAAGAAGGGAAUCCUUGAGGAGUUCAUUGACCCAUAUCUGAAGGGAAAAAUUGCACCAGAGUGCUUCAAGAAGUUUGCAGAGAUAGCAGAGAAAUGCGUGAGUGACCAGGGGAGUGACCGCCCGGCAAUGGGAGAUGUUCUCUGGAACCUUGAGUUUGCGCUACAGCUGCAGGAGAGUGCAGAGAGUGGUGGGUUCAGUAGCGACAUGGGCAUUGAGGAGACCCCAUUAACUGGAAAAUGGAAGAAAGAUUCAGAUGCUUUUUCGGGUUUUGAGAGCACGACAGAAUGUAGGAGCAGUGGAAUGUCUAUGAGCGUUGGGUGCCAGAGUCUCACAAGUGAAGAUUCUGGUGGGUUGAGACCUAGUGCUGUUUUCUCACAGAUCAUGAACCCAAAAGGUCGGUGAAGUGAAACCCAAGCGCCAUUUUCUACCUGGAUUCAAUAAAACCAACAACUUUGUCUGUUCAGCAAAUUUGGGUUUCUGUUUCUUUUUUACAUCUUUGUUUUUUAUCAACUUUUAUUUUUUUAGAUAUGUUCUCUGAAUGUUUGUUGUAAUGGUAAAUUAUCACCCAAAGCGUGCAGGAGUAAUGUAUUUGUACUUGCAUUAAUUACACCAAGUAAGGUGAAUAUAUGAA